UCUCCUCGGCUGUGAGAGCUCCAGUGGGUGCCUGUGAGUGAGUGACACCCUCCAUCGAUCCCUCCAUCCCUCUGCAAUGCUGCUGUUGUGUGUGACCUGGCUUGGCCUCGUGUCCCUGGGUUGGGACCAGGGCUGUUCAGCCGUCAGCACUACCAGAGCCCAGGGAGGCCUCAGGGGACACAUGCAGAGGGACCGCAGGAACAUCAGACCCAACAUCAUCCUCAUCAUGACCGACGAUCAGGACACAGAGCUGGGUUCUCUCCAGGUGAUGAAUAAGACUCGUAGGAUAAUGGAGAAUGGAGGCACCUCAUUCAUCAACGCCUUUGUGACCACGCCCAUGUGCUGUCCGUCUCGCUCGUCCAUGCUGACAGGGAAGUAUGUUCACAAUCACAACACGUACACCAACAACGAGAACUGUUCUUCGCCGUCCUGGCAGGCCCAGCAUGAACCACGCUCCUUCGCUGUCUACCUCAACAACACGGGAUACAGGACAGCGUUGUUUGGGAAGUAUCUGAACGAGUACAACGGUAGCUAUGUUCCUCCCGGGUGGCGUGAAUGGGUGGGGCUCAUCAAAAACUCUCGCUUUUAUAAUUACACCGUCUGUCGGAACGGCUACAAGGAGAAACACGGCGUGGAGUAUUCCAAGGACUAUUUCACGGACCUGAUCACCAACGACAGUAUCAACUUCUUCCGUAUGUCCAAGAAGGUUUACCCUCAUCGGCCAGUGAUGAUGGUCCUCACCCACGCUGCCCCCCACGGGCCGGAGGACUCAGCCCCACAAUACGCAGAGAUGUUCCCUAAUGCCUCCCAACACAUCACCCCCAGUUAUAACUACGCCCCCAACAUGGAUAAACACUGGAUCAUGCAGUACACCGGUCCCAUGAGACCCAUCCACAUGGAGUUCACUAACUUCCUGCACAGAAAGAGACUGCAAACACUCAUGUCAGUGGACGACUCCGUACAGAAGGUAUAUGAGAUGUUGGUAGAGAGUGGGGAACUGGACAACACCUACAUAAUCUACACGGCUGACCACGGCUACCACAUUGGCCAGUUUGGGCUGGUCAAGGGGAAGUCCAUGCCCUACGACUUUGACAUCAGAGUGCCCUUCUUCCUCCGCGGGCCCAACGUCCAACCUGGAGCCGUUGUCCCUCAGCUGGUGUUGAACAUUGAUCUGGCCCCCACCAUACUGCACAUGGCUGGGCUGGACACGCCUCCAGACAUGGACGGGAAGUCCAUCCUCAAACUACUGGAACAGGAGAAGACUGGAAACAGAUUCAAACGCAAUCGGAAACCCAAAGUCUGGAGAGAUACAUUCCUGGUGGAGAGAGGGUAA